AGCAAAUUCACCACGCCCCCCAUCGAGAGCAGAGCAGCAGCAGCCGGCAGCACAGAGCACAGUAGCCAAGCGACUGAGAGCAUCCGAGCCCCCAGUGCUAGCAUCACCACUCCCGAUUCCCAACCCCCCACUCCUCGGCUUCCGCCUCCGGCCUCCCUCACCCGGCCGCCUCCACCGUCGGAGGGGCGCCGCUCCGUCUCCCGGCCUCGAUCUCCCCCGGAACCGUCGGCUGUGGCCCUGCCCCUCCUGCUCCUGCUUUUACCCGGCAGGAGAUCCGCCCAGAGUGGCAUUCCUGCUCUCGGUCAAUAAUUAUUCUGGAAUGUUUUUCCGAGCUGAAGUAGAGAACUUCUGGCGCUGGAUAUCAGUAUUCUGUUAGGGACAUGCUCCAACCAAGGGAAGCUGAUGUGCCUGUGCUCUUUCUUGUCUUCAUUGUGCUUCCUGUGGUAGCUUAUUUUCUUCUUGGAAGAUGGCAUGAAGCUGCAAGUAAGAAGGCAAGGGUAAGUGUGCUUGCGCAGCGAGCCGCAGAAGAAGCCUUUAGAGUGGAAACAAUGGCAUGCCCGGACGUUAUGCCUCCAGGGCCUUCUUUGAGAACUAUGCCCUAUUUCAGACCUGCACCUUCAUUAAGACAAGAAUUCCAUGAAUGCGCAACUUGCCAUGCCCCUGCAAAGACUCGGUGCUCCAGAUGCAAGUCUGUUAGAUACUGCUCUGGUAAGUGUCAAAUAAUACACUGGAGGCAAGGACAUAAGGAAUCAUGCCAAAAAUGGAUUGGUAGUGGGUCUAGCAGCUUUGGUGGAUCUGGCACUGAGGCUUCUGAACAGAUGCCCUUCUUGACUAACUUAAAUUCACCUCUUCCGGGCGGUGGCAUUCACUUGCGCGACAUGAAUUUUGAUACUUUAUCGGAGCCAUCCUUUCCCACAACUGAUGGCUUCAAUCUUGAUACUGAUCCAUUUCCGGCAGACAAAAGCAACAUGAAUAAAUCAAAUCAAGGUCUUCAUAUGAGUGAGAAUGGUGCUGUUGGUAUGUCUUAUGAAAAGAACAAUCACAAUGCUGAUGAUGAAACCCGCUCUUCCGAGAUUUUAUCAGGAAACAAGGUGUCAAACAACUAUUUUGGUUGUGCAGAUGUGAUGAGUGGUAAUGGUGAUGGAACUUAUCCUGUCAAAAGUAACGCACAGCAACCUAGCAGUAGUGCUCCUGAAAUAAGGAAACGGACAAAAGCAAGCAUCACAAUUUAUGAGCCUGACAUGGGUGUCUAUUUAACUUCUGAUAUGGUCAGUUCUUGUGAGGGGCCAUAUGCUUCUGCUAGUGAGCCACUGCAAAGGAGUUUAUCAUCUGGAAGAACUAUUGGGAAAGCAAAUGUGGUGAAUAAGAGGCUUCCAUGCCCAUCGGGUAAGGUGGCUUCAUUACAGAAGUCACAGGAGAGGGUGUCAACAUCAUAUCAAAAUGAUGGCCACGAGAAGAACCCUUGCAACAAAAAUGACCAAAGAUCUGCGCAAGCAACUGAACCAGCAAGCAGCAACCUACAAGGAUGCAAUGGAAUCUCAAAGUUUGGAGCAUCCAAGGUUGAAGUUUUAAAGAAACCCUCAAAAUUUCUCAAAACCAGCCUUGUAGGAUUGAUCAAUGAUAAUAAGCGGAAUAAGGUAUUGUUUCCAUAUGAAGAUCUUGUCAAGUUUUUUCAGUAUGAAGCACGGGGUAUUUCUCCUAGGGGUCUUUUCAAUUGUGGAAACAGCUGCUAUGCUAAUGCUGUUCUUCAGUGUCUGAUGUGCACAAAGCCACUGAUGAUCUACCUGCUCCUGAGAUUGCAUUCAAAAGACUGUAAUACUAAAAUCUCAAAUAGCUAUUUCCCCCUCAACUGCUUUGUACUUGUUUUUUUCUUCUCUGAUUUCAGUUACUAUCUUCUUUUAGGUUGCUCAAAAAAUUGGUGUCUUAUGUGUGAACUUGAGCAAUAUGCUUCAACUUUACGUGAAACUGGUGGACCCUUAUCUCCAAGUAGAAUUCUUUCCAAUCUUAGGAAUAUUGGAUGUCGCUUGGGUGGUGGAACUCAGGAAGAUGCUCAUGAGUUUUUAAGGCAUCUUGUGAUGUCUAUGCAAGCAGCGUGCUUGGAUGGGCUGGGUGGUGAGAAGCAUGUUGAACCAAGUUUGCAGGAAACAACACUGAUACAACAGAUGUUUGGUGGCCGUCUUAAAUCCAAGGUUAAGUGCCUCAGAUGCUAUCAUGAGUCUGAAAGAUAUGAGAAUAUAAUGGACCUUACUUUGGAGAUUCAUGGCUGGGUGGAGUCAUUGCAAGAUGCUUUGACGCAAUUCACAGCUCCUGAAGAUUUAGAUGGAGAGAAUAUGUAUAAAUGUGGAAGGUGUUCUGCUUAUGUCAAAGCUAGGAAGCAAUUGAGUGUGCAUGAGGUGCCAAACAUAUUAACAGUUGUUCUUAAAAGAUUUAAGACAGGAAAAUAUGGAAAGAUCAACAAAUGUGUCACGUUUCCUGAUAUGUUGGACAUGGUUCCUUUCGUGACUGGUUCUGGUGAUAACCCCCCUCUUUAUUUCUUGUAUGCCGUGGUUGUACAUGUGGAUACAGAAAACGCAUCAUUCUCUGGGCACUACAUAUCAUAUGUCAAAGAUAUGCAGGGUACAUGGUUGAGAAUUGAUGACUCAGAGGUUCAGGUUGUAUCAGUGAAUCAAGUUAUGUCAGAAGGUGCAUAUAUGCUUUUCUACUUGAGGUCUUUUCCCCGACCACCAAGAAUAUACAUUGAGAAGGGGCUCUUGCCUGUUCCAACAUCUGGAAAGCGUCACACAUCAAAAUCCUCCAAGGGCUCUAAACAUGAGCGCAAGCAGACAGAGUUACUCUUUUCUGCAAAUGAUCAAACAUAUGGUAUUUAUGAUUUUAGACCUGAUGGAGAAGGCUACAUGCAAGAUCAGCAUGCAGAGUUGAGAUCCAGAGAUUUCCAUCAUGCGGAUGAUACCUUUGCAGACUCAGUCAGCACAGACUUCUCGGAAGCUACAUCAAGUGAAUGGUCUCUGUUUACCAGCUCUGAUGAGUCCUCGUUUACCACUGAAAGCACUAGAGAUUCAUUCAGUGUUGUGGACUAUGGAGACAAUGCUGGCCUUGAUCCGAUUUCCUCUAUAUUUGGGCCAUGUUAUGCUCCAGAACAUCCUCCUGGGAAUUUCGUCUCAUGUAUCAGGUUCUCGCCUUCCAAUCCUCAAACAAGGUACUUUUCAGAGAGCACAGACUUUGUCUCGGACUCUUCCAUGCCGACCCACCCUCACGGCAAUGUACAUAGAGGAAGGUACCCGGAUAGGGCAUGCGCCUCUUCAGCCGAACCUCUUGUUUCAGCACAUCAGCGGAGCGGGUAUGGUCGGUAUCCCCUUAGUAGAGAUGGUUUUGUUCAAACCUCUGGAUUUUGCCAAAUGUAAUCGGCCAACAUUUCAUAGUUGUAGCUGAUGCUCGGCAGCUGCAGUUAGCACUGCCGUUAAUGCUGCCUCAUGUUCUUUUAUUUCAGAUGAGGCAUAUUUAAUUUUAGCUGCAUAUCCUAGGGGUAGUUCAAUUCAGUGUAGCGCAGAAAUUAGAUUAUGUCCAUAUGCUUAGCAUGGCAAGUGGAAUUUUAGAGCACAGUGACAGGCUUUGUGCCAGCCAUUGUUCAACUGAAGCCGGUCUAGCACUGCUUAAAAUUGUAUGGGAGAAAGUUCUGUUCGCUUUUA